GGGUUGCACGGACAUGCUUGGCUCGCUGUUGGGGUGUCUUGGGCGGCCUUGGGAUGAUAGGAGGCCAGCAUUAUGCGGAGUAAGAAGUUCACCUAUUGGGUGAUGAUUGUCGUGGCAGCUAUGGCUACCGUGGCGCUCACCUUCGGAUGUGGGGCUGCGGAAGAACCUGCUGCACCUCGGGUAGUUGAGGUGAUCAAGGAGGUGCCCGUAGAGAAGGUUGUGAUCCAGGAGGUCGUGAAAGAGGUUACCGUUGAGAAGGUCGUGAUCAAGGAGGUGGAGGUCGAAGUCGCCAAAGAGGGAGGCCCGAUCACACCUACUGGUACGAUAGUCGUGGCGGCUACGUCGCAUCGCGACUCCGAGCGGUUGGCCCACUUUUGCUCCGAACUGGCAGACGCUCGCCAUGACGCGCGUUCAGGAAGCGCUUAUGCACGGCGACAUAGACAGCAAAGGGGUUCUCACGUACCAUCCCUGGCUGGCAGAGUCCUGGGAGAUGGGUCCGGAUCUGGCGUACACGGACUUCAAACUUCGCGAAGGCGUCCAGUUCCACAAGGGUUGGGGCGAGUUGACCGCUGAGGACGUAGCUUGGAGUUGGAACGCCGGAAAUCCGGUUCUGACCCCAGAGGCUGUACAUGACACCCUUCCAUGGCCGGAAGUCGGCAGGCUGGAUGCUCUCGGCAAAUACGUCGUGAGACUCAACUGGACGCCGUUCGGAGUUAAGGGACUCUUGGCUGCAAGCGACCACACUGAGCCCAUCGGCGUCGCGCCAAAGCGGGCGUUUGACGAGAACGGCUCAGAGUGGAUGCAGGAAAACAUGCUCGGCAGCGGUCCCUAUGAAAUGGUUGAGUGGAUAGCUCAGCGCCAUGUGAUUGUCACAGCCCGCCCGGACCUCGAAAACGUUUGGGACAAGGUCCCCUUCGUGAGGGACUGGCGAUACCUGGAAGUCCCUGAGUCCUUCACGCGCGUAGCGCUAAUGGAGACCAACGAGGCCCAGAUCGGCGAACUUGAGACCAAAGACUGGCCCGCGCUGAUCGAGAAGGGAUUCAGGAAGAUCCCCAAUGAGAAUAUAGCCACGUAUCACCUGAUGUGGCAGGGCAACUACUGGGAGACCGAGCAGCCCAGGAGCGGAGACCCGCUCGAUAGGGACCUCGAUACGUCGCUGCCAUGGGUCUGCGAGAUGGACGACGAGGCUUGCAACGCAACCGCCCGCAAGUGGCGUCAGGCCCUCUUUAUGGCGGUUGACCGGCAGGGAAUCUUAGAUUCGGUGCUCGAGGGCAUCGGGAAGGUCGUUCUAUCGCCUCAGGCCUACCAGGAAUCUGCAUUCCUCAUCAAGUACGGCGACCGCUGGGGAGACCCGUAUGAUCCUGAGCGUGCCAAGGAGAUCUUCGAUGAGUGGGCGAUGGAGUGGGAGGCUGCAGGCAACGACCCUGAUGAAGUCGUAAUCGAACAGUGGACUGGACCGAGUGGUGUCAGAGUUGAGAUGGCUGAGGCUAUCGGGGCCAACUGGCAGCAGAUUUUCGAUGUUCCCUCGCUUAUCGACAAACAGCCUUAUGCGUCUUUCAGACCUAGCAAGAUCAACCGGACCGCCAAGGGCAUGUACGCUCGCAACUGCUGCGGCAGUACUCCCAUGACAUGGGAUACCGAACAGUGGCACACUGCGCUGACCGCGCCUGCGGCUAUAACGCAGGCGCCGAGUACCCCUUAGGCUCUCGUGUAGCGAUAGACAAGAAUGCCAACGCGACCGAUCAACAAAAGCUGGAAGAGUUGACCAUCGAGUGGCUGGACUUCCUAUACGAAAACCACCUCGACACCGGCUUGGCACAGGGCGAGAGCGGCUCGAUCUACAAUCCUGACGCAAUCGCAUCGUUCCACCCGCGCAGGGGCAGGCAGAGAGCAGUGGGUGGAGUUCCGGAUCCCGAGUACGUUCUGCCCACUUACAGGUAGAUCGUAGAUCUCCUACACACUUUACGUAGCCAACUAGGUAUCCCAGGGCAGAGGGGCGAAGGUCCCUCUGCCCGAUGUCUAGGGGAGUGCAGGGACAGUUCGCGCUAACGUCUCUUUUUGCUUUUUCGGCUUACAGCAGACCUCCAAACUCUUUGAUUUGACAUGCAGCCAUUGGGAGAUUUCGUCUAGCUCUAUGAUUGGUAAGCGUGCGAACCUAAUUGCUCCUGCCAUGGUGUCCUUAUCCUGCUCUCGGUGCUGUUUGUCGCCUUGGUUGCGGGGGCGGUUGGGUGGAAGACACAGGGGAGACCGCGGCAGCCCCUGCGGCACGUGCGAGCUCACCCUCGUCCCCAUCAUCGCCGUCUUCGGCAUCAUCCCCAUCAUCGCCAUCUUCAGCCUCGUCCCCAUCUUCGCCGUCUUCAGCAUCACAGCCGUGCAGCCCCGGUAAUUGCUCCGACUGGAGUCGCGCAAUCCGCUGAAGCUCCAACAACAGGCGCAUCCGCGGAUACAAUGUUCCGAGGGGACCCGGCUCACACCGGCAUGUAUGACACCGAUGGCGUCACGGAACUCAGCGGUGUCAAGUGGCGUUUUGAGACCACGGCUCGGAUCGUAUCGUCGCCCACUGUCGCCGAUGGUGUCGUGUACUUCGGCAGCCACGACUUUCACUUCUAUGCAGUCGAUGCCGCCACUGGACAAGAGAAGUGGAAGUUUAAGACCGACGCCCAAAUCUGGUCCUCGCCUGCUAUUGCCGACGGCGUAGUCUACUUUGGCGGGACGGACUCCCAUCUGUACGCUCUAAACACUAGCGAUGGCAGCGAAGUGUGGAGAUUUCAGACUGAAAAUAAGGUGAACUCGUCCCCCACCAUCGUGGAGGGCGUUGCCUACAUUGGAA